AGAGGGCUAGCGGCGCGGAGGCGACUGGGAGCGCAGCGCGGCGCGUGCGCGGGCACCAGCGGACGAGUCUGCCUCCGGCUCAGGCGGCGGCGGGCGCGCGCUGCGGCGGGUGUGCGAGGCGCGGGUUGUUGUGCUGCCGGCUCUCCUUUCCCCUCCUUGGCGGGCGGAGGAGGCCGAGGCGGUGCUGGGCGCGCUCUCCCCGUCCUUCCGUGCUCGUCCUGUCGCGCCUCGCGGACUCUCGGACGGCCAGCCUGUCCCCGGCCCGGAAUAAUUCUUCCAAAUGGCUCGUGGACAGCAGAAGAUUCAGUCUCAGCAGAAAAAUGCCAAAAAGCAGGCUGGACAAAAGAAGAAACAAGGUCAUGACCAGAAGGCUGCUGCCAAAGCUGCCUUAAUCUAUACCUGCACAGUCUGUAGGACACAAAUGCCAGACCCUAAGACCUUCAAGCAGCACUUUGAAAGUAAACAUCCCAAGACUCCACUUCCUCCAGAAUUGGCUGAUGUUCAGGCAUAAAGUUGUUUACAGGUGAAUUCAUGACACCUUGACUCUCCUACUGUCUCAGACCUUAGGUAACAAACCUGCAGCUGCUUUUUUAAACAAACUGUUGAUCAGCAAAAAUAAAGGGGCUACAGAAACACUCAUUUUUACACUGUUCCCUUUUGGGCUUCAUGGAAAGACAGUUCUGUGUAAAUGUACAGUUGACUCUGAUUUGGAAAUCUGAAAAAUCAGUCCAUCCUUGUUAUAAAAAUUUUUUUACAAUUGUAAUUAUAUUGAUGUUCAUAUUGUGUAAAAUAACUCAUUUAAUAAAGUAGUGCUUUGAUUUUACAAACAUCACAGGAUAAAUGGGUCUAGAAAUUCUGUUCUAACUUUCCUUAUUAUUUGCCUUAUAAUAAAAAUGAAUUGAUCAGCUAGAAUUGCAAGAGCAAUCUUUAUCUCCCUUUCUUAGUUGGUGGCAGGUUUGUUAAACUAGAGUAGACUCAUUCAUUAAGUCCUGCACAUGACUUCAUUGGCAGCUGAUCUAGGUUGAAGAGAGGCUUAUCCGCUGCUUUGGUGUCUUUGCAGUUAUGUGUCAUUGCCCACUUCUGAUUGUUACCUGUGUUUGAAGUUGGAAGCUCAAUGAGUUGACUCUACCUGCCAGCCAGGAAUGCACUGUAAAUAAUUGAUAAAUUAAUAAAAGUGAUUGGAUUGUCAGGGAGCCCUUCUGAAAGAUUAGGUUCUGAAGUAUAUGCCAUAAUGAAAUGGGCACUAGAUCUAUUUAAGCCAAAAUAUGAUGGAACAGUUGUGAACUGUAUCUUAUAAUGAGCUCUUUGCAAAUUGUUCAAGUUCUUUAAUUGGGAAUUGAACCAUAUUUUUUACAGUUUUUGGAAGUUAUUUAGCUAAUUUUAUGAAUGGAUUUUACGUUUAACAGAAAGAUUGGAAUGACCUGUAGCUGGUUAAUUCCCAGAACAUUCUCCCUUUUUAAAGUAUAAUCAUGGUUUUAGGAAUUUACUUAGUGCUGGUUUCUAAAAUCAAAGACUAUGUGUACAGUUUGACUUCUAUCUGAACUAAGAAAGUAUUAAAAUAGGCCAGUAUUCACAUUCUCUUGGCUUGUAAGAAUGGAGAAGUGGCUUUUGUUCAGUUGGAUAAGAUAAAUUCUGCCCAAUAAAGGAAGGCUAGUGUUCUAGUUUUGUUAACUGUUGUACAAGUGAAACUGCUAUAACUCAGUUUAAAAGUUAACAGACUAGGAAGAACACUAAAAUAAGUCCUGAUAACGACUAGAGCAGAGUAUUUGAUCCUGUGGAUGACAAAUGCAUUCCCUCUUGCUGUAACUUAUCACUGCAUCUGUUCUGUAGCUUUGCCUGUGCCGACCACCUCAUUUGUCUGCACUAAGUGUGAAGUGAGAUGCUUGUAAGGAAAAGCUCAGUGCUCACAGCUCACAGCAAAUCCCGAGACCUUUUCACUUGAAAGAGAGCCCUUUUGUUUCGUGUAUUUCAUUGCCUAGGUUUCACAUUUGAUACUCCUUUCCUAAUAUGUUGAUAACUAGAAUAUUGGAAUUUUACCAGAUUUCUUGUGGAUUUUGCAGAAGUUCUAGUUGAAUUGCAAUUUAAAGGUUUUUGAAAGUGCUUUGAGCAUAUGUAUGUUUAUUUUUAGUAACAUUUAAAGCCCAUUCAUAAGUUCUGGUUUAGUUUUUUUGCUUUUUUUUUUUUCCUCCCAUUUUACUGACUGUAAUUCAGAAAAAUAAAAAACUUUUGCUCUGUAUUUAACUAUUUUAUGAGCAGCUGAAGAAGGCACCAUAUUUAACUCUGUAUCUCAGUGAUAGGAAAAUAGUUGAUCUUCAUUCUUAACAUGGAGAUAAUCAGUACAGUCCUUAAAAUCUGCUAUAAGGAGAAAAUUAUAAGUCUCAAACACCUUUGUUAUUUAAUUUGAAGAUUCUUCAACAGAUCACAGAAAAGUUUGUUUAUAAACUAUUAUGUGUCUUCAAAGACUUGACAUAAAAUAGCCGGAGAGGAAUUGGUUUGUUUGUAUUCUGUAUUUACGUUAGUUGUCAAAGGGAAUGGCAGCAAGACUCCACUUGUUUCCAUUCUCUUCAUGUGGCUGUACAUCCUGUGUUCAACGGACACAUGUGGGGGCCUCACUUGUGUGCUGUAAUGUCUUAUUAAAGAAGAUGUUAAAGAAACUAAGCUAGUCUAAUUUCUUCGUUUAAGAGGUUUGUUUAGUGCCUCCCUCUCUCCCAGCCCCCUUCUGAAUUAAGAAUUGUCUCCCAGCAUAGCUUGGUAGUUGGGAGGGUGGAAAGUGAUUUCUUUAAUUUUUUCAUUGUUUCCCCUGUGUUUGACUAUUUUGGGUCUGUAAAAUACUUAGGAAUGAACAGAAAAUGUUUAUCAUCUGAAAUCUUGCUGUAUGCAAUAAAUGAGUUAUUGAAAGGAGGAAAUAAUUGAUGUUAAAAUGCUAAAACAAAAAUGUGAUUUGGCCAGUUACUUGACUGUGUUAAGCCCUUAAUGACACCAAGAUUGGAGGUAACACUUUGGAGGUUGUAUUAAAGAUAUUUCAUAAGUAUCACAAUACAAUUCACACUUGAGAUAUAGCAUGAACUAUAAUAUAAUACUUAACACUACUGUUUACUCCUAGAGCCCCCCUUGGUGUUCAUUUUUAUUUACAUAUGUACUCUACCUGUUUGAAAUUGUGACUGCUAUAAUAAAGUCCUUUUUCUAUGGAAUUAUAUUGAUCAACCACAGUCCAAACUAUUAACUAAACUGUCAUAUUUAAACUGUUGAGUCAGUUACUCAUUGUAUUAGUUUUCUUGUUUGGGAUCUUUUGUUAUGUGUAUGGCAGUGAUGGUCAACAGGAGGGGUUAUGUUUCCUGUUACUUUACAUAAUAGUUAGGCUAGCUUAAUUCUGUGAAACCUUCAGAAAAAUUGUGUAACCUUUCAGUUUUAAUAAAACAUCUGUCUACUUGA